CGGUUGUGUCAGUCAGUCGAUCGAUGGUGCCGCUGCUGAGCAGAAAAACGGGCGAAAAGAUUUGUAAAUCGGCACCACCAAGAGAGUUAACUCUUCAGUUGAACCUAAACCACCGAGAGGAAUAAAUUUGAGACAGGCCCUACACACUGAGUGUAAUUUAGGGCAGCAGCGAUGUCGGGCUCCUACGAUGACUCCAUGAUCGAUGUCUCCAGCGAUAGCUUCUGGGAGGUUGGUAACUACAAACGUUCAGUGAAACGGGUAGACGAUGGCAACAGACUCUGUAAUGAUCUGAUGAGCUGUAUCCACGAGCGGGCACGUAUUGAAAAAUCCUACGCACAGCAGCUGACAGAAUGGGGCAAACGCUGGCGGCAACUCAUAGAGAAAGGCCCUCAGUAUGGCACGUUGGAGCGGGCGUGGUCUGCUCUGUGCACGGAGGCGGAGAAGGUGAGCGAGCUCCACAUGGAGGUGAAAUCAGCGCUGAUGGGAGAGGACUACGAGAAGCUGAAGAACUGGCAGAGAGACUCCUUCCACAAACAGAUGAUCGGCGGCUUCAAAGAGACUAAAGAGGCUGAUGACGGCUUCCGCAAGGCUCAGAAGCCCUGGGCAAAGAAACUCAAAGAGAUGGAGACGAUGAAGAAGGCUUAUCAUUCUGCCUGCAAAGAAGAGAAACUGGCAGCCAGCAGGGAGACCAACAGCAAACUGGAGAGCAACAACAACCCUGAAGCCCAGAAGAAGCUCCAGGAGAAGGUGGAGAAGUGUCAACAGGAGGUGCAGAAGACUAAAGAACGCUAUGAGAAAUCUCUUGAAGAACUCGACAAGUUGACCCCUCAGUAUAUGGAGAACAUGGAGCAGGUGUUCGAGCAGUGGCAGCAGUUUGAAGACAAACGAAUCCGCUUCUUCAGAGAGCUGCUGCUGGAGGUUAAACAGCACCUGGAUCUCUCAACGAAUCACAGAUUCCAGACAAUCUACCACACGCUGGAAGACACAAUCUCUGCCACUGAUGCUGAAGACGACCUGAAGUGGUUCCGGUCCAAUCAUGGCCCCGGCAUGCCAAUGAACUGGCCCCAGUUUGAGAAUUUGGACUGGUCCAAUCCUCGCUCCUUUAAGAGAAGGUCCAUUGUAGACUGGUCCUUAGACUUGAACAGAACCCUCAGCAGACGAGAAAAGAAGAAGCCGUCGGAGGGCGUCACGCUGACCGGCAUCAGUCAGACUGGGUCAGAUCAGCCCGUUCAGCCUGCCAAGACCAGCAGCAGCCUGACUGUGCCCACUAACACAGCACCAGUGGGCUUAAACCCCUUUGAUGAAGAUGACGAUGAGGAGGAGGAGGAGGAGGAGGAAGAGAAGGCCGCCGAGCAGAAGACUACGGUCAACCACAUCAGUGUGAAUAAAGACGAAAUAAAAACUGCGAGCAGUAUGGAGAAGACUCCAGACUGGUCAGAUGAAGACACAGGUGGUAACCCUUUCUCUGCCAACGGUAAUGGGAAUCCAUUCGAAGAUGAGCCGGCUUCUCCGGUCGUAUCUGUGCCGGUCAGAGCCCUCUAUGACUAUGAAGGACAGGAGCAGGACGAGCUGACCUUCAAAGCAGGGGACGAGUUCACCAAAAUUGGCGAAGAAGACGAUCAGGGUUGGUGCAAAGGUCGACUCAAGGACGGACAAAUAGGCCUCUAUCCUGCUAACUAUGUGGAAGACAUCCAGUAAAAGUUCAUCACAAACGAAUAAAUGUGAAGAAGAAAGUGGUGUGUUGCAAAGUGACUCUGCGGCUGGAAACGAGAAGGCUCUGCCUCAUGUUUAACCCUUUUCUCCCCGUCGGUGACGACUGGACCAAUGUCGGAGCAGGACGGAGAAGACAAGUGUCAGAUGAUUAGAGGACCACUUGAAAUGUUGUUGCUCGCCACAAAUUGACAGUAAGAAGACGGAAAUUACCCCCUAAGUUUCCAGAUGAUUCCAGACGAAGAAGAUCACAAAGAGAAAUUGCUGUCAGUGUAAAAUAUGUUACUUAGAAUCCCAUUUAUGCUGUUACAAAAAAAUAAUAGCCUUUUCAAGUAUAUAUUAGAUGCAAUUCAAUUUAUGUGUGAAUUUAUAUAUUGUUUAAACAAAACACUGGGAUGACAAAUCGUCUUGCGAUGUUACAUGCAGCCUUAAUAUGCAAGCCACUAUGGAUUCAUUAAGGGAGAUUACCCUUUUUAAAACCGUAAUUAACUAUUUUAGGUUUGAAACCAUUUCUGCCCAUUAGGAUCCAGUCCAUAAAUGUUCAUUGUUAGAUUUUUUUCAGACAAAGUAGGCCCUUAUUUAGAGAUUAUUGUGUUAGAUUUAACCGGAUUUUAAAUUACAUUGUUCUGUCGUUCCUUUCAGGGUUCUGUUUUCUGGGUAUUUUAUAAGGAAUGAUAAUGAUCAGUCGAGCCUCAUCCUGACGUUCAUUUAGUUCACGGUGGGUAGGCUCCUCUAGCCACUGCAUUUGAAUGUAUAUUCACUGAUUGUAUUUUCUCACUUAUUGAUUGUUCACUUUUGCAACCACUGACCCAUUAACCUCCCCCUCUGAACAAUCUGUUCUCAAGCUUUUCACACAAAUCUCUACUUUGUGUAGAUUGUAUUACUAUUAUUUUUCACGCAACACUGAAGGUUUUUCACAAACGUUUAUCUCACUUGAAUCUCCUCUCACUUCUUGUUAAAUGUCGAGUUUUGGGAGAUUAUUUUAGUGUUUUGUUUGUUGUUUUUUUUUGAAAAUAUAUAAAAGUUUAUAGCAAUAAAACCACGGCCGAGUAUGGCGUCGCAUACACACGUGUAAAUAGCCUGGAUGAAACGUACAAGAACAAAUUAAGCAUCAAUAUCAGAUGAUACGUAGUUGGAAAUUGAUUGUUAAUUUAUGAUGCCACAAGUGCUUUUGUUCUACUCUUGUUAGAAUGCUGUGACUGAGAAUCAGUUUGUAUAGUAAUUGAAUGUUUUAUGGCAAAAUAUCCCUUGAAUCUGUUAUUUUGAUAUAUUUGUAAAUAUGAUUAUUUUUCCCAUCGCAGAGGGCCAUACUCAUUGAAUUAAUCAACAGAUAUGUGAAUAGUUGUUAAUUUUCCCUUUAGGAGCUAUGACAUGAAUUGAUAACUGAUUUCGUAACCUUAAUGAUUAAUACAUCUAUUUUGAAUGAUCAUCCAGUACUUUGUUGGCUUGUGUGUUUCCAGAGAUGAACUGCAGGGUUUUCACUUGUGCAAGCUCCAUAUGAACCCAGCGCCCAUUGUAUCGAUGAAAUCAUUGAAAACAAGCAGGCUACGUGAUGCUUUUGCCUGCAGCACGAGAGAAAGAUUUGUUGUCUUUAAUAAUAGUGAGAGAGGAGACGUUUUGCCAUGUUUUCAGGGCAUGCUGUCGUUAAAAAGGCAGUAACAGCUGUACUUGCACAGUAAGGUUUGUAAAUGUUGUCCCACAACGUAAUAAAUGAAUUUAUUGGAUGAAAA